CCCUACAUUGAUUUGUUCUUUUAGUUUUGGCAAGCGGCGGCGACGCUGUGCAUCUCGAUCGAUACCCUAACCUCGUGAAGCCGCUAUUAUUGCCGUUUCGUCGGCGCGCUCAAUCUUCAAUCUUCUCCAGUUCUCUUUGCUCAAUGGGCAGCAGCAAGAAGACGGCACCGACUUCCGCAGACGCGUUAGAUAGCGAGAAUCAUGUUUCGGUUGAUGAGGUUUCUGCAAGUGAGAAAGAGAAUAUCGAUGAAGGAAAAACGGAGUCCUUGGAGGACGCGAGGUCCCUGAAGGCCAUGGAGAGGAGGAAGAAGAGAAAGGCAUUGGACAAGGGAAGGCACCAACUUGAUGAAGAGAAGAAGAAACCGCGCAUUGAUACGCCUAGCGAAGGUGCUGCUUUGGCUGACUCGCAGCCUGCGGCUUCUUUGGCUUCUUCAGGCCACCCUGGGCUCCAUAUGAAUGUGUUUAGGGAUCUAGCAUCUUCCGAUUCUUUGGUUAGGGAAGCUGCUGCGGAGUCAUUGGUUUUAGAGUUGUCUGAGGUUCAAAAGGCUUAUGAAAAAAAGGACAAACGGGAGGAUGAUGGAGCUAUUCAACUAGAGGCGGAGAAGGAUGAUGGGCUGGAAGAUUGUGCGCCUGCUCUGAGAUAUGCCAUUCGUCGACUUAUUCGUGGGGUAUCUUCUACUAGGGAGUAUGCAAGGCAAGGAUUUGCAUUGGGGUUAACAGUUGUGGUUAGAGCAAUUCCGGCUAUCAAGUUGAGUUCAGUGAUGAAAUUGACAAUUGAUUUGCUUGAAGUAUCUUCUUCAAUGAAGGGUCAGGAAGCUAAAGAUAACCUUUUGGGCCGCCUCUUUUCUUAUGGUUCCCUUGCUAGAUCUGGACGAAUUGCGACUGAUUCGAGUAAAAACAUCGAUACAUCAGUUAUCAAAGAGUUCAUAACUCAUGUUGUUUCUUUAUAUGGAAAGAAGCGAUACUUGGGGGAGCCAGCAGUUUCUCUGAUUUGUGAUGUGACUGAUCAGCUUUCUUCAGAAGUUAUUUUAAAUGAAGUGUUGAAAACUACUGUUCUACAUGAUUUGUUUGAGAGAGCUGCUGAGGUGGGAGAUCCAGAUGCCCUGUACUUGGCUUUGAAGAUGCAAGAGAAAAUACAAGUUGAUGGCGAAGUGUUUGGCAAGCUGCUUCCAUGCCCAUUUAGUGCUGAAAGCUUCUUUAGUCGAGAUUAUCUGCUAUAUAUUGCCAAUUGCUUUAAGGAAUCAACCUUCUGUUUGCCUCGUCUGCAUAGUCUUUGUCCAGUAGUGGUGAACAUGCUUACUUCGGAAAUAACAACUCACAUGGAGGAUGAUGCAGUGCGAUCUGCAUCUGGUAAGAAGCAAAAGAAGAUUUGGAAAGGUUGCUCCUCGGAGGACAUUGCUAAGAAUAUCCGAUGUUUUCAUGAGGUUGUAAUUGAAGAGUCACUUCUUCAGUCUUCUCAUGAUAGGAAGUAUUUGGCAUUCCAAAUCUUGUUGCUUAUGCUUCCAAAAUUGCCUAUAUCUUGUAUCAAAGUUGUCCUUUCUGAGAAAUUUGUGCAUUGUCUCAUGGACAUUCUUUCAAACAGAGAUGCAUGGUUGUACAGUGUUGCCCAACAUUUUAUCAAGGAGCUCAUUGAUUUAAUUGGAGAUGAUAUUGAUCGCCGUGUUUCAGUUAUUAUGUCCCUGCAGAAACACAGCAGUGGCAAAUUUGAUAUUAUCACCAAGACACAGCUGGUAAAGGGGUUGGUUGCUAAGUUCAAUACUGUGCCUGGUUGUUUGCAGUUUGUGCAAAGUUUGAUGAGUUUAUUCGUUGAUGACGGAACUGUUACUGACGAACCAUCUGAUCAAAGUCACACUACUGAUGAAAAUUCAGAUUUAGGUGCUUCAGAGGAUAAAGAAACUUCAGGUUCUGGUAAUAUAGAUUCCCUCAAGAACUGGAUUAUAGAUACCAUGCCUCGUAUUCAAAAAAAUUUAAAUCAGAAUUCUGAUGUAAAGUCAGUGCCACAUACUGAAAUUGUGAAACAUAUUGAGGCAAAAUUUCAAGUCCAAACAGGAAUUUUGAAAUUUCUGGUAGUUCAAGGUUUGUUCUCUGCAUCACUAGGCACUGAAGUUACUUCAUUUGAGUUGCAAGAGAAGUUCAAAUGGCCAAAAGCUUCUAUUUCAAGUUUACUAUGUAGUAUGUGUAUCAAACAGCUUCAAUCAUUGUUAGAAGAUGCACAGAAAAGGGAAAACCAAUAUGCAUCAACGGGCACUAAAUUUGAUGAUCUGGGUUCUUAUUUUAUGUGUUUCCUGAGCACUUUGCACAACAUCCCUUCAGUAUCACUGUAUAGAAUCUUGACUAAUGAAGAUGAGAAGGCAUUCAAAAGACUGUUGAAAAUGGAAUCCAAACUUUCUGAAGAGGGAAAAAAAAUUAGGCCUGGUCCAGUUGCAAACAAGUUCCAUGCAUUCCGUUAUCUAUUGAUCCAGUUGGUGUUGCAAGUACUUCUCCAUCCAGGAGAGUUCUCUGAGGCUGCAUUGGAGAUGAUUAUAUGCUUCAAGAAGGCUUUACCACCUGCAUUUGCUGAUUGUGAUUUUUCAGAUGAAGAAUAUGAUGGUGAUGAUGCACCAGAGUUGAUGGAUGUGCUAGUUGACACUUUGCUUUCGCUUCUACCACAAUCAACUGGUCCAUUGUUCUUUGCAGUAGAACAGGUUUUCAAGGCCUGCUGUGAUGAUAUAACAGAUGCUGGAUUAGUUCAGAUGUUGCGAGUUGUGAAGAAGGAUCUGAAGCAUCCUCGCCAUCCAAUUGUAGACAGUGAUGAUGAUGAUGAAGAGGAUGAUGAUUUUCUUGGAAUUGAAGAGGCAGAUGAGAUCAAUGAGGUUGGAACUGAUGAUGCAGUUGACAGUGAUAGUCAUGCAGAUGGUUCUGAGGAAUUGAUCAGGUCGUUGGCAACUGAUGAUAACAAGAAUAGUGAUUCUUCUGGGAUGGACAUAGUUGAGGCAAUUAAUCAACUUGCCAAGGGGGAUAAUGACCUUUCCGCUUCUGGUGAUUCUGAUGAUGAUAUGGACGAUGAUGCCAUGUUCCGUAUGGAUUCUUACAUUACCAAGAUUUUCAAGGAGCGCAAACUUUCUGGGAGUGACAGUGCUCAAUCCCAACUCAUACCCUUUAAACUUCGAGUUCUCUCACUGCUAGAAAUUUAUCUUCAAAAGAAUCCAGGUAAGACUCAGGUCUUGAUGGUGUAUUCUUACUUGGCAAAAGCGUAUGUGAAUUCACAUAUGGCGGAUAGUAGUGAGCAACUAAAACAACGCAUUGGAGGCAUUCUGCAAAAGAAGAUAUUUAAAGUAAAAGACUAUCCAAAAAGUGGUGACAUACAGCUCCACACUCUCGAAACCUUGUUGGAGAAGAAUCUAAAAUCAGCAUCGCGUUCGCACCAUAAAACCAUAUCUUUGUUUGCUCAAGACUCCACUUUCUGGUUACUAAAAAUCAUUCAUGCACGGAAUUUCUCUGAAUCUGAACUGAAUGGUGUGAUCAAUAUAUUUCAAAAUGCAUUAACUGACUACUUGAAUUGUAAGAAGUCUCGUCUGAAAGCUGGAUUCAUUAAAGAGGUUAUUAAGAGACAAUCUUGGCUUGGGCUCUUUGUCCUUGGUUUUCUUCUGGAGAAAUGUAUCAGUACAAAGAUGGAGUUUCGAAGAAUUGAAAUUCUAGAUAUCAUAGAGUGUAUUAUUAAGUCAUGCAUUAUACCUAGCAAAGGAGAGACUAAUGAAGUUGCUGCUAGUAGGUCUAAAUUAUUCAAGAAAUGCUUGUCAGCAGCCUGUGAAUUGAUUCAAGUACUGUUAAGUAACAUGCCGGAAAAGAAGUCACGACGUUUGGUUGUGCGGCGAUUUUCUACUCAGUUCUUGCAUGCAGUUUCAGUGCGUAAACUGAACAAUGUUUUUUUAAAGGUUCUGAAGCCAGAUUCGCAUUCAGUCUGGGAGUCUCAACUUGGGGAGUCAUUUCUUUCAAUUAAGUAUAGCAGAGAGAAGUGAAGACAUCUCUAUAUCCAUUCAAUGGUUUAAAGUUUCAGAAGCUAAUCUUGUAAGUAUAUAUUCUCUUGGAACAAGACCUUUCCAUGCCAUUUAGUUCAGUGUUUGGAGCAAUGCUCGCAAGUACUUCCACUCCAUAGUUGGACUAAUAAUAUAGUAGUUCAGGUCUUUAAGCUUUAACUGGAGUCUGGAUGUGUGGAUCAAAUCAUCUGGAACCCUUACAACAUUGGCCAUACGGAUGCGAAUUUACUUACAAAGUUGAAAUUUUCAAUGCUCAACUCACCACCAAAAUUGGAUGUUCGGGUGCAGUUUUACAGAUUUAUCAAUUUUGAUUUGUUAGAUGUGCUGCAAUAGUUUGUACGUGUUUUGCACGUGAGGAAGUAUAUCCAAGAAACCAAAGUAAACUUCUUUCAAUGUUUAAAUCAAGCAGAGACAUUGUAGUAUUUAUGAUUAAUGUUUUUUUAACACCUUUUGACCGAUCAAAUUAAUAGUUUUCCAUGCA